AUGGAUUUGGAAGGAAACACAAUGAAUGAAACAAACAUUCCAAAUGUCGAGAUUCCUGCUCCACCAUUGAAGAAGCGUGGACGACCUCCUAAGAGGGAUCAAGAAUCGCUGAACGGAGAGAACGCUAUCGAUGCUUCGCAUGCUCCGAAGAAACGCGGUAGGAAGUCAAAUGCUGAACUUGCUGCAAUAGCAGCCAGUAGAGAAAUGCUUAGCGAUGGUGCAAGUCCUCCUCUAUCGCCAUCAUCGGAGAAACGCAGUCGACCAUCGGCUUACUCGUACGCGGAAUAUUCUGAUGCAUCGGAAGGUAGUGAUGAUGAUGAUGAUGACGAUGACGACGAUGAUGACGAUACUGCAAUCAAAAAAUCACCAAAGUCGCCGCCGAAAACAACAUCCACAACUCCAAGUGGAAAACGUGGACGUGGAAGGCCUCCAAAGGCUCAUAAAUCAACCGAAAACACACAUUCGACCAAGCCUCAUACGCCAAAGAAAAGAGGUAGACCGCCAAAGAAUCGAGCUAUGGAAAAAGAGAACGGGCAUGAGAAAACAAGCAAUUCUUCCUCAGAAACUUCACACAGGAACGAAUCCAGCAUCGUUAUGACUGAAAAGAGACGCCGAGGUAGACCUAGGAAGAGCGAGAAGGUUGAGGAAGUAGGAAAAUGGAGCGACGUGAGCGUUGCGCAUACUGGAAAAUUCACACUGCCGCUUCCUGUCCCAGAGAGUUGGCCAUUGGUUACAAAUAUGGAAGAAAUCAUGACGGAACUGUCCGAGAUGUAUAACAACGUUAAAGAUGAGAAGCGUGGCGAGUUUCACAACCAGAUCAAAGCUUUUGUCUUUGCGCUGCACUGGGAGGAUGGCAGCUUCUCCACUUCGUGA